GCGGGACGCGGGCCGGUCCCGGGGCUGCAGGGCCGCGGCGGGCGGGGCCAUGGCGUGGCUUGCGGACCGCAUGCGGGGCCACGGGCGCAUCGCCGCUGGGCUCCUGCUCAACCUGCUGGUGUCCAUUUGCAUCGUGUUCCUCAACAAAUGGAUCUACGUGCACCACGGCUUCCCCAACAUGAGCCUGACGCUGGUGCACUUCGUGGUCACCUGGCUGGGCCUGUACGUCUGCCAGAAGCUGGACGUCUUCGCCCCCAAAAGGCUGCCGCCCUCCAAGCUCGUCCUCCUGGCGCUCAGCUUCUGCGGCUUCGUGGUCUUCACCAACCUGUCUCUGCAGAACAACACCGUAGGCACGUACCAGCUGGCCAAGGCCAUGACCACGCCGGUCAUCCUAGUCAUCCAGAGCCUCUGCUACCACAAAACCUUCUCUGCCAAAGUGCAGCUCACGCUGAUUCCUAUAACCUUAGGUGUAAUCCUAAAUUCUUAUUACGAUGUGAAGUUUAAUUUCCUUGGAAUGGUGUUUGCUGCUCUUGGUGUUUUAGUUACAUCCCUUUAUCAAGUGUGGGUAGGAGCCAAACAGCAUGAAUUGCAAGUGAACUCGAUGCAGCUGCUGUACUACCAGGCCCCCAUGUCCUCCGUCAUGCUGCUGGUCGUCGUGCCCUUCUUUGAGCCAUUGUUGGGAGAAGGAGGGAUAUUUGGGCCCUGGUCAGCUUCUGCCUUGCUUAUGGUGCUGCUCUCUGGAGUGAUAGCUUUCAUGGUGAACUUAUCAAUUUAUUGGAUCAUUGGGAACACGUCACCAGUCACCUAUAACAUGUUUGGACACUUCAAGUUCUGCAUCACUUUGUUUGGAGGAUAUGUUUUAUUUAAAGAUCCACUGUCAGUUAAUCAGGGUCUUGGCAUCUUGUGCACGUUAUUUGGCAUCCUCGCCUAUACCCAUUUUAAACUCAGUGAACAGGAAGGAAGUAAGAGUAAAUUGGUACAGCGUCCUUAGUUGGGUUUUGGUGGAGAAGAGAAAGCCACCCCCAAGAAGAAGAAAAGCGUUAAGUGUGCAAGUUACUUUCAAAGAAGGAAGAAGUCCUAUCGUUACUUUCAAAGAAGAAGAAGUCAUAUCGCAGAAUUCGUUGGAUGAUGGUGUGCAAGGAGUAACACAAAGGAAACUAUCCGCGAACAUGACUUUCUCAUUUAGAGUCCCUCUCAAACAGUGGCUCGUGCUUCUUUGCAAAGAUGGAUUAUGUGAAGCCUAGAGGAUGGUUUGGUUAUGACCAAAUGAAAUACGUGAAAUUAAAGUCCUGUAAGUGACAAAGGACUCCAGAUCACCAUCCUCCAAAAUAUGUCGUGGUUUGUAAGUGUUCAUACCCCGCUAAGGAAGGUCAGGGAGGACUCCUCUCCUUGCUCGUAGGUGGCCCCCAGGAUGAGCUCUUUUGUCAUUUCAGCCAAAGCAUUCAAGCCAGAAUUUAAAUCUGGCAUUUCUGUUUUAGCUGGUUUAGUAUAACUUCUUGCUUCUUGCACUUACAGAAAUGAAAUGUCAUUUAUGGAAAGCAGGGUGUAGGAAAGAAGCCUGGAAGACCAAAUCCAAUUCUAAAAGCACCAUAUUUCUUUUUUUUUUUUAAAGCACCAUAUUUCCAAUAGAAAAUUGAUACUAGAAGUUACACGUUCUCCAGAAGACUACAGUUGUUAUAGGUACACUCAUGUUUCUGAGCUCUCAGGGACCUCUAGAAACUGGAUACGACAUUAAAAAUACAAAAAUUGCUCCAUGUUUCAAAGAGAAGGCUGGGCAGCCCAGGUGGCUUAGCAGUUUAGCGCCUGUCUGCGGCCCAGGGCCUGAUCCUGGAGACCCAGGAUCGAGUCCCACGUCAGGCUCCCUGCAUGGAGCCUGCUUCUCCCUCUGUCUGUGUCUCUGCCUCUCUCUCUCUGUGUCUCUCAUGAAUAAAUAAAAUCUUUAAUAAAUAAAUAAAAUCUGAUUUAAAAAGAACACAAAGAGAAGGCUGUGGAUGGAGUAGAGCAGGUGUCUUGUCCCCUUCUCCGGCUUUUUGGGCAUUUCCUGUUGGUGAUUUCUUAGCAGCACCUCUCUGCUGUCACCCCCUACCUCCCUCAUUGGAGGUAUCUGUGGAGUGCUCUUUGGCAUUCAGGGAUUUGUAGUGAACCAUCUGAGCUUUAUAAGUGGGCCGAGGGAAAUUUUCGUGCAGCACAUCAGGGCAAAUACUAUCCAAACAGUAAGCAGAAACUUAGUGAAAAUCAGAAAAAAAGGUUUUAAAGAGCAGUAGAAAAAUAGUCAAUAUUUAUCCUAUUCCAUUAGUUUUUAAAGGGAUGACUUUUAAAAAUUAGGUGAGGGAGAACUACAGGGGGCUUCCACCUAAGGAAAUACAGGGCCACACAUUUCCUUGCAAAGUGUGUCUCUGCCUUCCAGCUUCUCAGUGUUCCUGACGGUGGAGCACUGAAAGCUGCUGUUGAUAACUUCUCACGAUAAAUUGACAGAGACAGAUGAUCCCUCUUGUAAUAAUUCUUUUAAAAGUAUUAUAAACUCUAAGUGAAAAAACAACUCAAGAGGACAGCCACAUGGAUAAAAAAAACAUACCUUUUAGGAUUCCCCCCCCCCCCCACCCCGGCCUGUUUGAAAUGAAAAACCUCACUGAAGAGCCGUUCUGACAAAAUUUCAAUGUAUUGGUCAAUUGUCGUGCGACUCGUAUGUGUGAUUUUCUGUUUUUUGUUUUUAAAUAUUCUUUGGUUUGUCUCAGUUUCUAAAGAUACAACUUACUGUGCUAAGAAUUAUGAAGCAAUCUGUCUUGCCACAUGGGCCUCAGGCAUUAUGUUUGUCUAAGAAAGGUUCGCCGUGUGUGUUUAAAUGAACGUACAAUUAUUUCCCCAAAGCUGGAGAAAAGUAUUUCCGUGCAGUGAGGAUUGUGUGACUUCUGUAUGCGGACCACUGAGUUGUGCCAUGUGGAACAAUUCUUAACUGUAAUUCUUAACUGUAAAUACUCGGGAGGUAUAAUAAAUGACGGAUGCCAAUAGAACCACAGUAAGAAGGUUGGAGCAAGAUAGGGCAAGGGGAUGUGUAUAAAUAAGUGAAUGCAAUCUCCACUACUGAAACUAGAGUCUGAUAAACUUUUUUUUGCCCUGAAGAUGAUCUUCCUAUUGAAAGGCAAUUCCUGGGGAAAUGACCAGGCCUAACCACAGAAACAAGCCAGAAACACAGUGCUGGGGAUGAACACCCACUGUCCUCUUGUUACAGACGUAACCAUAUCUGUUCUUAAUUCUAUGUUAAAUGGCCGAACUUCAGUUUUUACCUGUUACAAAUAAAGAGAACCUGAUAUUUUAA